AUGUUUACAAUAUUACCAUCACUUUACUUGGUUGCUACGCAUUAUUUUCGACAAUGGGAUUCAUCUAAUUCUUAUUAUUACGAAGAAAAUAAAAAUGAAGAAGAGAUAACAAUAUCAGAUAAGAAUAUUAUUCAUGAAAACAAGUUACCACAAACACAAAUACCAAAUGAUAAUAUACAAACAUUAGAUUCAAACGAUAAAUAUGAUAAAACUCUUCUUCCACAUAACCAUGAAUCAUUAGUAGGUAAUCACCAAUCAUCGACUCGUUCAAAUGCUAAAGAAACUGAUACCAAUUUAUCAAAUGUCAAUAAUGAUAAAGAUGAUCAACAUGAUCAGAUAAAAUCAUGUACAAUAAAACCAAAUAAUUCUUCGUCACGAUUAAACGACGAAAAACCUAAGAGUUUUACAGGCGACCUUGGUGAAAAUGAUAUGUUAUAUUUAAUGAACGAGACUGGAUUCAGCCACAAAGAUAUAUCGUCGUGGUAUACAGAUUUUCUUCGUGAUUGUCCUGAUGGAAAACUUACGAAAUCGAAAUUUAUUGAUAUUUAUAAACAAUUUUAUAAGAAAGGUCAAGUAGCUAAAUUUUGCGAGCAUGCCUUUCGUAUAUUUGAUAAGGAUGGUUCAGGUUCUAUCGAUUUUCCUGAAUUUCUUAUUGCUGUUAGUAUGACAUCAACAAAAGAUCCUGUGCGAAAAACGGAACUCUUCUUUUCUAUGUACGAUAUAGAUCAAAAUGGUCUUAUUGAUCAAAAUGAAAUGAAGUGCGUCGUUGAGUCGAUCUAUGAAUUACUGGGUCUUGAUAUACAUGACUCAACAAGAAUCGAUAUGAAAGUACAAGAAAUAUUUGCCAAAGCUGAAUGUGAUCAAUCAGGAUAUUUAACUAAAGAGCAAUUUGCAUUGGCUUGUGAAAAUGAUCGACACAUUCGAAGAUUAUUAGUCCCAAAAACCAAAGCUCCAAAUAAUCGGUGA